AUGUAUUCAUCAACUCGAAUUGCAAUUUGCGGAGCAGGUCCAUCUGGCCUUAGUCAGUUACACGCAUUUGAAUCAGCUCGACAAAGUGGUUCUCAAAUUCCUGAAAUAGUAUGUUUUGAAAAACAAAAUGAUUUAGGUGGUCAAUGGAAUUAUACAUGGCGAACAGGACUCGAUGAAUAUUCUGAACCUGUUCAUAGUAGUAUGUAUCAUAAUUUGUGGACAAAUCUACC